UUUUAUUGAGUAGCUCCUCAGCCAAUCAGUGAGCAGUGCCGGGAAAUACAGCAGUGGAACUCCGCCGGUCCUGAUGCUGGAGCUGAUCUCAGUGUUAGAACUAUACAUUAAUCCACGGGAGUGUUUCCUGUCCUCUCGUCCUCAUUUGAGCUUACAUCAGCAGCACCCCGAGCCAAGAAAUCUUGUUUGUGAGUGCCUCUUUGGACCACAAGAACCCACGUGAUUGUGGGAUUUGCCACUGCUGGGGGUAUAUUAUUACUUUUUUUUUUCUCCUCCAUUAUUUGCAAUGCCUUUCCAGGGUGGGAGGAUCCUAAAAGCUGAUUGUUGAGAUAUAUAUAUAUAUUUUUUUAAAUCAAGCACGUAUCCGACCCUGUUUUCUGCUUCCACUACUCCUUGAGGGACAUAGCCUCUCAUCAUCACAAUGAAGUUCAACCUGUUCAAAAAGUCUCAGGCCGUUGCGGCGGCUGAGCCAACUGGUGCCACCACCGUCAGCGUGACUCCCUCCUCGGUCUCAAUCUCCACCACUGCUGCGGACACUUCAGGCUCCAACAACACAGAGAUUAGCAAGAAUGACAUGUUUGAGGAGAUCAAAAGCAAAUUCUUGAAUGAAAUUGACAAAAUCCCACUUCCUCCAUGGGCCUUGAUUGCUAUUGCUGUGGUGGCGGCGUUGCUCGUCCUCACUUGUUGCUUCUGCAUAAUCAAGAAAUGCUGCUGUAAGAAGAAGAAGAACAAGAAAGGAAAGAAGGGCAAGGACGGCUUCAACAUGAAGAACAUGCAGGGUGGCGAGGAUGAUGACGACGAAGAAGAAGGAGAGACCGGACUGACAGAGGAGGAGAAAGAGGAAGAGGAGAAAGAAGAAGAAAAGCUGGGAAAGCUCCAAUACUCUAUAGAUUAUGACUUUGAGAAUACAAAGUUGACCGUUGGCAUCCUUCAAGCUGCAGAUCUCAUGUCAAUGGACUCUGGUGGAACCUCUGAUCCUUACGUUAGGGUCCUUCUUUUCCCCGAUAAGAAGAAGAAGUAUGACACCAAAGUGCACAAGAAGACCCUGAAUCCAGUCUUCAAUGAGACCUUUGUUUUCAAGGUGCCCUAUGAGGAGCUGGGUGGAAAGAUCCUAACAAUGUCAGUGUACGACUAUGACAGAUUUUCCAAGCAUGACGUCAUCGGGGAAGUGAAGAUCCCCAUGAACACCAUUGACUUUGGACGUCCUAAUGAAGAAUGGCGGGACCUGGAGAGUGCUGAUCAAGAGGAGCCUGAGAAGCUUGGGGACAUCUGCAUCUCCCUCCGUUAUGUCCCCACUGCUGGAAAGCUCACCGUCUGCAUCCUGGAGGCAAAGAAUCUGAAGAAGAUGGAUGCCUGUGGCUUGUCCGAUCCCUAUGUGAAGAUCCAGUUACUGCAGGGAGGAAAGCGCUUGAAGAAAAAGAAGACAACUGUGAAGAAGAACACCCUGAAUCCAUAUUACAAUGAAUCAUUCAGCUUUGAAAUCCCACUGGAACAGAUGCAGAAAAUCUUGGUGGUUAUCACAGUGUUUGAUUACGACAAGAUAGGUAAGAACGACGCCAUUGGGAAGAUCUUUGUUGGCAGCAAGGCCACAGGCUUGGGUCUGAAGCACUGGUCAGACAUGCUGGCUAAUCCCCGCCGCCCAAUUGCCCAGUGGCACCCGCUGCAGCCAGAGGAGGAUAUCGAUGGUCAGCUAGCAGCGCUGGCAGCAAAGAAAUAACAAGCCUCAUCAGCCACCUAUUGCUCUUACUCGGAAAAACUCAUCCCUACUUUGCAUGAUUCCUGUGACUUAACAAAUGACUACUCGUCAUAAAUCCUGCUCAGCAAAAAAAGAGACAUCUUAGGAUAACCCGUUACACACAGUUAAGUUGAUGGAAACUCUUUUCAAGCAUAAGAUCUCAGUUCGUGCCAAGAAAGUUAGUGGCGAGUUGUUAGGUCAGUAGUUUUUGAACGAUUGUUUUUUUGGUCUUUUUGAUUUGAAGAAGCUGAUUUACAGGGUGCUGAAAAUGGGUGAAAAUAAUGUUAAAGAUUAGCUUAGUUUAUGGAGCAUGCUUUACUUACCUCCCCCUCUGCUCUGCGCACAGCAUACCCGGUAUUGUACGUUGCUUAUAAGUGUGCUAUGCCCUGCAAUAGAAAGUGUGAUAGUGUGGAGUAAAGGGCUGGUUUACAUCCAUUAGCGUCAGCAGAUAUGUCUAGAACGGAAGUCACUGAAUGCAGCAAACAGUGCUGCAGUUUCUUUUCAUGAGUUAUAUGUCAAAAUUUCAUUCGCAGAUUGGCAAGGAUGACAAAUGGCCUGGCCUGAGAGUUGCCUGUUUGUCUCCCAUCUAUGCAUUCAAGGUUGAAACACAAAUGGCAGAUCAGACGCAGAGUGGGGAUAUGAGUGUGCCUUCCUGAUUUGAUGUUUGACACAUAGAACUGGUUUUAUUGUCUACGUUCAAAAGGCUGAACCUUAUUGUAGGGAUGUAAGCGACUCUACGAUUGUGCCAUCUGAAUUUACUCUUGGGCUGUGUUCACCCUAUGGAUGUUAAAAUCUAUGAAAGAAGGUUGGACACCAGAGGGAUUCCCACUUAUGCUCAAACAAGUACAUUUUGCUUCUUUUCAAAUGCUGCUAUUACAAACUUGUUUUAGUCUGGAGGCUCUAGUACGUCUUUGGUUGAUGUGUGGUACUUAACAUGCACUCUCUGUCAAAGGAGAAACAUUUUUAUUUUUUUUAGAGAGAGGAGGAUCAGACAUGUAAAAUGUAGCCUCUCUUUUUAAUUGAAUGUGAAUUCAUGUAUAAAAUGGAACUUUGUAGAUUAUUAACAUGGCAACUGCUGCGUCAAACAUGCAAUACAGCACACAGGUCCUGGACCGUGGGCUAGAACCAAAAAACAACCCUGAAGAUUUUAGCAUUUGUCAUGCUUCACGGUGAAUUUGGUUAAAGGAGUUGCUCAGUCAGAAACAUAAGGUUUGUGAUCCAGUGUCACAGCUUCAUCGUACACGAGUUGUGCUUUGUGUUAACGUACAUAGGUUUGAAGAAAAGAAAAUGCUUUUUUCCCCCGCUGAAUACCAGUUUGUGUGUAUUAAGCAUUACAAAACCCUAAUCUUAAAAUUUUAAUGGCAGUAAUUCAAAGAUAUAUACAAGGUAUUUUACUUUAAGAGCCAUUGAUUUAAUUGAUUACAUCUGUUUGUUCCCUUUUCCUGCCCGACAAAAAAAAAUAGAAGUUUUUUGAUAGCUAAAAGUUUCUCUCCUCUGACUGAAACACAGUUCAGAGAAAGGGAUUUAUGCCAAAUAAAGGCAGAUCUGUGUAAACCCAGUAGUUAGAUAAAAUGUCCCAUUAAACGCCUUGAUAGAACGAAGCUCGGGUUUAUUUUCACCUUUCCUAAAGUAUAAAUUCGCCUUCAUGUCUGAAGUAUCCAAAUAAAGUUGAAAACGCUAGUGGGUUCAUCCACACUGCUACCGUCUGCUGCAGAACUUAUGCAUUACGCCGAGUUGUUAAUAGUCUACAGCAUGUAAUUACAAGAUGAUGUAAAUAUUAGCAUGUUUUAAAGAGAAUCUACAACUACGAUGCGUAUGUGUUUGUUUGUGUUCCGUGUCAUCUUUUGAUAAUAAAAUGGAGUAAAAAAAAACAAACGUACGCACUGACUGAAAAGUCUAUGUAUUUUUUUCUCAUGGGACCGUGUGUAUGACUGGAUAAUCUGAGUUAACAGCGUGUUUAUUUCCUGUGUUAAGUGCUAAGGUUUUUCGAAGUCUUCAGAAAUACUGCAUGAGUGUGUGUUUUAUUGCCGUCAUUUUGUGUGUGUUGAGAUAUAACCUGACUGAAAAUCAGUUAAUGUUUGUUUCUGAUAGCACUGUGUGUUUGUCACUAAGCAGUAGUCUGUAUAUAUUUAAAGCACUUUUUGUCUCAGUGUGUCCUUAAGUGUUUCCUUUACUCAUUCCUGCCAAAUGAGAGUCGGAUAGAUAUACAUAAAAAGAAAAAAAAAAACUACUGUAGCUCCUCACCGCAUUUCGGUCCGCGUAAGCUGUUGUCUUCUUUGUAUCUGAAUAUUACGUCGCAUUAUCCACCUUUUAUUGGUAAAACAAUGUGUGUUACUGUUAAAGAUUAUCACACCAUGUUGAUGCUCUUGCUCAGCCAUAGUCCUCUCAUCUCAAAUGUCGAUCUCUGUAUGAAAACCCUGUUUUCUAAUGGAUUGCAAUUAGAAGAGGUGGCGUCGUGGCACGUUUGCAUGCUUUGGUUCGUGUCUUUGUUUCCAGUCAUUUUCAGUUUCUGUUAUCUGAAGAUCCACUGCAACCUUGCUCUUAUGACAUAUUUUGCAUAGCAGUUAGCUCAUCUGAGGAGCUAAGAGGGAGACAAAAUAAGUUGCAUGUUGCAUUGGUUUUAGAAAGUUGUUUUUUUUGUAUGUGUGUGGGAGGGAACUCAUUAGAAACAUCUCUAAAAUGUGUCAAGGCUUUCUGCCCCCCCUUUCUCAUUUCACCCUACAUUACUUAAAAAGACCAAAGUUGUUUGUUUGGGUUCCGUUGCUGAAAUACGAGUUUUCGCUGCAACGCAGACAACAGAAUCUCAUGUCUUCCUGGGCCUCUCAAGCACUGAGCCGACCCGAAAAUCACCAUUCUCGAUGCAAUACUGCCAAGAUCCUCUUCAAAAGCCGACCGUUACCUGUCAGCAUCGCAUCCGGCGCUGAGCAUCACCAAGCUCGCAUCCUGUCACGCAUAGGCAAGGUGAACACUUGUCACCCCACACUUUUGGUCCACUGUAGAAGAGUAUUAAUAGAUGUGCCUUUUUGUGACAUGCAUGAUUUUUUUUUAUUGGAAAGUCAUUUUUCUUCCAGCAACAACAAGACUUAAAACCCGUAGACAUGAAUCAACUCUAGUAGACAUCAAGCACUCAAGGAAGAAGGACAUAUCUGUGUGUUGUCAAACUGUAAUCGUAGAAAAUAAAAAAAAAACAUUUUUGAG